UGGUAUGGCUAAAGCUGCCACGGCGCGGCGCUUUGUUGGUUGAGCGUGGUCAGCUCUGAUUGGCGACUGCAUGUUAGCCAAUGAGCACCCUCCAUCUGUCUACCUUAGCGGCCACUAACUCACCAACCACAUCCACGAAUCGAGCAUUAUCGGCUAGUUCGUCGUAGAGUAAGCAUCAUCGUCGAUUGGACUUUUGUCGUCCCGGCGUUUGAAAAUGCGAUUUUUCUGCUCAUUUUUGCUUCUGUUGGCGGUUACAGUCGCCACAGCAGAGAUCUACUUUGAAGAAAAAUUUCUUGAUGAUUCCUGGGAAAAAAAUUGGGUGUAUUCUGAACAUCCUGGAAAAGAAUUUGGAAAGUUCAUUUUAGGUCAUGGAAAAUUCUGGAAUGAUCCAGAAAAUGAUAAAGGUAUCCAAACAUCUCAAGAUGCAAGAUUUUAUGCCUUAAGUAGAAAAUUCAAACCAUUCAAUAACAAAGACAAAACACUUGUCAUUCAAUUUACUGUUAAACACGAACAGAAUAUUGAUUGUGGUGGUGGAUAUGUUAAAAUAUUUGACUGUUCUUUGGAUCAAAAAGAUAUGCAUGGUGACAGUCCAUAUCAAAUUAUGUUUGGACCUGAUAUUUGUGGACCAGGAACAAAGAAAGUUCAUGUGAUCUUCAGUUAUAAAGGAAAGAACCUUCUGAUUAAUAAGGAUAUUCGCUGUAAAGAUGACAUUUAUACUCACUUGUAUACUUUGAUUGUUAAACCUGAUAAUACAUAUAAGGUUCUAAUUGACAAUGAAGAAGUGGAAUCUGGUGAAUUAGAAGCAGAUUGGGAUUUCCUUCCACCAAAAAAAUUAGAUCCAUCUCAGAGCAAACCUGAAGAUUGGGAUGACAAACCUACCAUUCCUGAUCCUGAUGACCAGAAGCCAGAAGAUUGGGAUAAACCUGAACAUAUUCCUGAUCCUGAAGCUACUAAACCUGAAGAUUGGGAUGAUGAAAUGGAUGGAGAAUGGGAAGCUCCAAUGAUUGAUAAUCCUGAAUAUAAAGGUGAAUGGAAACCAAAACAAAUUGAUAAUCCUAACUAUAAAGGACCAUGGAUUCAUCCAGAAAUUGAUAAUCCUGAAUACACACCUGAUUCAGAAUUAUAUAAGAGAGAUGAAAUUUGCGCUAUUGGUUUUGAUUUGUGGCAAGUGAGAUCUGGAACAAUUUUUGAUAAUGUUCUCAUCACAGAUGAUCCUGAAGUUGCUCGUAAAUUUGGCGAAGAAGUUUGGAAACCUACUUUAGAAGGUGAGAAAAAGAUGAAAGAAACUCAAGAUGAGGAAGAAAGAAAACAAAGACAAAAGGAAAGCAAAGAAAAUGAAGAUAAUAAAGAUGAUGAUGAAGAUGAAGAUGCAGAUGAAGAGGAAAAUAACAUCCCUGAUACUGAAGAACAUGAUGAAUUGUAAAUAAUGUGUCGAUACGAACACAGACUGUAUUCCAGGAGCUGUGUAACCGCGAUACGCACUAACUUUCCAUGAAAAACACAAAAAAUUAUAAUAAUGAAAAAAAAA